UUAGGAAUAUCGGAUUUAAAAUUACUUGCUAUUUAAAAUACAUUAAAACUAUAUUAUACUGUAUAGAUUGCGAAAAUACUCCCCUGGUCGAUACCGACGGGAACAUUGGUAUUAUUGUUAAACAUGAGGUGGUACGAAAAGUAACGUGUAAUAUUUGAAAAUAGACUGUUAUUUCAUUUCUUGUAUUAAAUAGUAUCGAUUACUAUUAGGCAGGUCCAGUGAGGUUAUACGAAGAGCAUACAAGCAACUUUAGUAGUUGAUAAAACUGUAAAAAUUGUGCACAAUGAAUCCGCCAGACCAUAAAGGACUUGCAAUACAAUUGAAUGAGUUAAGAGAUGCAAGAAUUAAGAGAUUGGAAGAGUUAAGAAAUGGACGACUGAAAUUUACAAAAGAAUCAUUUGAUGUAUUUCAAAACUGUAUGAAGACAACAGCUAUUUAUUAUUAUGGUAUACCUUGUGGAGUGGCGAGUGCAGUUUUAUUACAGCAUUUCUUACCUAAAAUGAGGUUUCGUAAUAUGGCAAUAAUUAGUGGUAGCUUAAUAUCGUAUUUAUUUGGAAAAUUUAGCGCUGUAUCAAAGUGUUACAUGGAGUCAUGUGCAUUUUUAUCUGAUGAUUCUGCUAAAACAAGACAACAAUCACUAUAUACUGUUGACGAUGACAAUAAUUCAGAUCAACAAAAUGAAGAAGACAAACAUCUUUUACCUUUUGACGAUGUACCAAAGGAAAGUUCAACAUGGGAUUAUCAUGAUUCCCAAUUUGAAAGCUAUUCAAAUGAAUUAAAUGAUACAAGUGAUAAUUUACAAGAAGAGGCAAUAAAUAUACAGCAAGGAAAGAAGCGUGUGACAUAUGACGAAUUAUGGAAGGAGCACAGACUUAAAGAAUUGCAGACCAAUAAUUACGGCUUGAAUUAUGGUAGAGAGAAAUUAUUUGAAACACAAAAGAAGAGAGAAAAGAUGGAACCAAUAACUCCUGAAACAGAAUUCGAGAAGAACGAUAAUCUAUCGAAUUGAAGUAAACUUAUGUAUCUUUGGUAAAUAAAUAAAAUCUUAAGUUUACAUGCAGCAAAUUGUUGCAUAAUAUUAAAUCGUGGUAACAAAGGUAGCAAUAAAAAUAAAAAUGUG